ACAGAGUUUGGCAGGCUGUGAGGACAGGCCUAGGCUUGCGGAGGGCCGGGGGCGGGACGGGCGAGGCCAAGUCAGGCUGAGGGGCGGACCCGGACUCGCCACUCCCGUCCCAGUGCAGCCAGCCUCAGUCGCAGCCCUGUCUUGCUCCUCAACUUGGCAAAAAUGUCCAAGCCUACAGAGACUGAGCGAUGCAUCGAGUCCCUGAUUGCUGUUUUCCAAAAGUACAGUGGGAAGGAUGGGAACAGCUGUCAUCUCUCCAAAACUGAGUUCCUUGCCUUCAUGAACACAGAGCUGGCUGCCUUCACGAAGAAUCAGAGGGACCCUGGUGUCCUUGACCGCAUGAUGAAGAAGCUGGACCUCAACUGUGACGGGCAGCUGGAUUUCCAAGAGUUUCUCAACCUUAUUGGUGGCUUAGCUAUAGCGUGCCAUGAUUCCUUCAUCCAGGCUUCGCAGAAGCGGAUCUAACCCUCCCGUUCUCCUUCCAGUUACCAAGCCAUCACCUCCUCCCCCAUCCACACCUGCACUGAGCCCACCACACCAUGCAUCCCAUGCCUGCUGGCAGAAAUAAAAAAAAAUGACAUUUUUUUAAACAUA